UAAUGCAUCCCUGCUGUUUCUCCUCAUCUCAGCUAUGUUUGACCGAGAAAACAAGGCCGGUGUGAACUUCAGUGAAUUCACGGGUGUGUGGAAGUACAUCACAGACUGGCAGAAUGUCUUCCGGACCUACGACAGGGACAACUCUGGGAUGAUUGACAAGAAUGAGCUCAAACAAGCACUCUCAGGUUUUGGCUAUCGGCUCUCUGAUCAGUUCCAUGACAUCCUCAUCCGAAAAUUUGACAGGCAAGGACGAGGGCAGAUCGCGUUCGAUGACUUCAUCCAGGGUUGCAUCGUCUUGCAGAGGUUGACAGACAUAUUCAGACGCUAUGACACAGAUCAGGAUGGCUGGAUUCAGGUGUCUUACGAGCAGUAUCUCUCCAUGGUUUUCAGCAUUGUAUAACCAGGCCUUGUGAACAUCCAGCACGGCAUGCAAAAAACUGAAGAUGCCAAAUUCCUUCCCUGUGCUAGAACAGGGCACGGCUGCAGCGAGACGCUGCCCUUCCCGUUGACUGUAUAGCUAAUUCUUGGGGACCUGGCUGUACAUAUGUGAAUACUCUGGUCAGUGACUCUGUAGUGGCAAUCUAGCUCCACUGUUAGCACACAGACCUUGGGGUUGCUGACUAAUUGUGCCAUGAGGUGAGACCUAAUAAUGGUUCAGGAUUCUGCUCCCAAACUAUCAUGUUCUUUUCUAGAUGCCUCUAAUUCUGUAGUCGCGAUGCUCUCCUUAGCCAAUAGAAUGUUAAUAUAAUAUGGAACUUGCACAGAAGGCUUUUCAUGUGCCUUACUUUUUAAAACGAAAUUUUAUCCAUUGGAAUAUGUAACAUAAGCAAUAAAGUAAUGAUACAGACUGGUUGUCUGGUUUUGGCUGGUUUUUGUUUUGUUUUGUUUUGCUUUAACCAAACAGGUGGAAGAAAUGUACCCUUUGUUACCACUCUAGUUGUUGUGUGAACAUGGGAGAGUGGGACCUAAAAAUAACGCAGACUGAAGUCUCACGCAAUAGCCAAUUUUAUUUAGAGCAUCAGAAAAUUUAUACUCUUGAGUGUGAAGAAGAAUCACAUGAGAGAUGUUCAAUCACAAAGACAUGGCAAAAGCAUGUUUUUUCUGUAAAGGCACAUGAAUGACAACUGCUGUCUGCCAUAGCUGGGAGAAGCACAACACAUAUCCAGGACCAAGUCUAUGCAUGAAGAACAGGUCGUGUAGCAUAAACAAUAAAGUGUUGAUACAGA